ACUGUGUCAUGUGGCUGUGGAGCUAUAGCCCCAUUGAGAAGUGCUCAAGUGUUGGAAGCGCGGCGAGCGAGUAGAUAUUAACACAGGAAAAAAAAAAAAAAAAGCUUUGUUUUUUAUUUUCCAGUAGCGACAUAUUUAACAUUUCGGUUGCAGUAGAAAUAUCGGGCAACGGUGAAACGGAGAAAGAGUUAAAGAGCGCUCGUCUCGGGAAGACGUCGAGGAGCAAGCAGGCGCUCCCACGGCCACAGGUAGCUAGCUCUCCCGGCUGAGAAGCUCCAAGUGCGGGUCAUGCGGGUGGAUCCGGACGCAGGGCGAGUCGAGUCCCAGUGCUGCUAGUUCUCCGAGAAGCCGAUCAUCAGUUCGCCUCCGCCGGCGGGGACCGAGGAAGAGCCAUGUCCCGAAGGAAGCAGAGUAAGCCCCGUCAGAUCAAACGUUCUAUUGGGGAUCUUGAUGGUGGAGAAGACAAUCCACCUGAUGAUGUCAGUCUCUCAGGGGAAGAGGCUGGGGCCUCGGACCAGGAUGACUCGGCGGAGUGCGAUGAGUCCAGUCCCUCCUUUGCGCCUCUUUAUAAUGAAGAGCCCAGAACACACGAGUCUCCAGACACACCAGACAUUGAUGAGGAAGAUGAGAAAGGCUGGAAACCCAGUGAUGAGGAAGAGCAGCAGAUGGAAGAGGAGGAGGAGGAGGAGGAGGAAGUAGAGCCAAACUGGAAUGGCCCAGAUGAUUUGAAGCUGUGUGAUGGACCAGAGGACUCUAAGGUUCUGGCUCGCAAGGACCUGUUGGUGGACACAGUCUGGGGACCUUUCUCUGGAAGAAUCCAAUCAGAUGAAAAUGCAAAUGGAGUGUCCAAUCAGAGUCUCGUGUGUGAGGAUGUGGACUGUUGGCUCUCAAGAAUCCCUGUAACCUCCUGUUCCUCAGAAGCAAACUGCAUCAUUUAUAGUGAAGGUGAUGGUCUGUACUGUAAGCUCACUCAGGAGCUAUCAAGUGGAGACGCUUUAGUGGCCAUCCUUUCCUGGACCAGUGCAGAGCAGAAGGCUGCAACCCAAACUCAAAACCCCCCAGUGAAGGAGGAGCCAGUAUACCCAGCAACCCUGCCUUCUGAUAUCCAGCUCCUCCCACAGCAGGCUGGCAUGGCUGCCAUUUUGGCAACUGCAGUUGUUAACAAGGAUAUCUUCCCAUGCAAAGACUGCGGGAUCUGGUACAGAAGUGAGAGGAACCUGCAAGCUCAUCUCAUGUACUACUGUGCCAGCCGGCAGAAGCAAAAGGCCACGGCUUCCCCUCCACAGGACAAGCCCAAAGACUCCUACCCUAACGAGAGGGUGUGCCCAUUCCCCCAGUGCAACAAGAGUUGUCCUAGUGCGAGCUCACUGGAGAUCCACAUGAGGACACACAGUGGUGAACGUCCAUUUGUCUGUUUGAUCUGCUUGUCCGCAUUCACUACCAAGGCCAACUGUGAGCGCCAUUUAAAGGUGCACACUGACACUCUAAAUGGUGUGUGCCAUGGCUGUGGGUUCAUCUCUACAACUCGAGACAUCCUCUACAGCCAUCUGGUCACUAGCCACAUGGUGUGCCAGCCUGGUUCUCGCAGUGAAGGCUAUUCCCCCAAACUUCCAGGGGCCACAGGCCUGAGUCCUGGAGACUCUGGAAUAUUGCUGAAGUGUCAAGUGUGUGGAUUUUCAGCAGACACCCCUGCUUUGCUCCAACAGCAUGUCCAUACCCACCUGGAGGUCAGGGUUCCUGUUGAAAGGAGCCACACACCUCGCCAAGGUAGCCCUGUGACCUCAGAGCACUCAGAGUCUCAGGACAAAGAGCUAUCAGCCAGCAUGCCCAGACCAGACUCUUCCAGCCCUGGGGCCAACGGUGGAGCAGCCACCUCCCGUGGCUGUAGUUCUCCAGAGCAGCUGAAGAUCAAGGAAGAGCCACAGUCUGAGUCAGAGAGUGAAACAAGGGACGAAGAGCGGGAUGGUAAUCAUAGUGCAAAUGCAACGGAGCCAAGCUCUCCCCAUCCUACCUCUCCUAAAAGUCCCUCAGUCAUUGCAGUGAAGGCAGAGCCGGCCAGUCCCACUCCAGGCUCUAGCCCUGUUCACUUGGGAGCAGGGGGAUCAGUGUUACCUGGUGGAGCUUUGUUUCUGCCCCCUUACCUCUUCAGCCCCGAGGCUGCCAUUAUGCCCCAGGCAUCUGAAAUCCUGGCCAAAAUGUCUGAGAUGGUUCAUAGUAGGCUGAAGAGUGGGCAGGUCCCAGCAUCUGCACAAGGCUUCUACUCUCCAGGGUCUCCUGCUGGUGUCCUCAAGGGGGCAACAUGCUUUGAGUGUGACAUCACCUUCAAUAACAUCAACAACUAUUAUGCCCACAAGAGAUUGUACUGCUCCAGCAGACACCAGCAAGGGGAGGGUUCAGGCCUGGUAAUGGAUGAUCCAGUAACUGCAGCACCCCAUUCAGGUAAUGAUACCUCUCCACAAGCAGGACCAGGCAAUUCUACAACAUCAGCUUCCCCGAGUUACACUGACUCUGUAGCAGCUGCCUCAAUUUCAGACACCAAGCCAACUGAAGUGAAGAGUGAGACUCCAGGACUGAAAGACUCUGCAUGCUCAUCUUCCUCAGAGGGUGAGGGCGGUGGAGGGGGUAGGAUAAGUGAGGGAAGCCAAAGCCCUGCAGAAAUCAGUGGAUCAGCUGAAGACCUGGAUGAAGAUCCCACUCGCACUUUCUGCCAGGCCUGCAAUAUCAGAUUCAGCAGACAUGAGAACUACAUUGUCCAUAAGAGAUUUUACUGUGCCUCACGUCACGACCCUUCCAACCAGCGCCUCUUGUCAGGCAAGGUUGCCUUUGUGCCACAGCCCAUUCGUACACGGAAACGCAAAAAGAUGUAUGAAAUCCAUAUGGCACGGAAUGAGGCCCUGGCCAGUGCUGCUGCCCAUCCUGCUCUACCAGGCAUGCAAGUGAAACAAGAGUGUGCCAGUGCCCACUCUGGGCCAACUGUGGCCACAGUUGCCAGCUCUGCUCGCAGUUCUAGUCCAGAGGGUGAUGGCCCCAUUGACCUUAGCAAAAAGCCCUGCUUGAGGGAGAGCUCAAGAGGAAAUAAUAUUUCAACUUUGCCCCUCACGGAUUACCACAAAUGUACAGCCUGCAGUAUCAGCUUCAACAGCAUUGAGAAUUACUUGGCCCACAAAACUUACUACUGCCCUGCCACCGCCUUGCAGCCCCAAACCCGGGAGCAGCUGCAUCGGCUUAAGAGACCCGCUUCCACUUCCCCUAAGAACCGAGUUCCUGAUCUGCAACCUGACACCAAAAGCCACCAAACUGGAAAGCCCACAGUGGUCCCUCACACCUCUGUCUUACCCAGUCUGGAGUCUACCUCUCAUACUUUGCCUGGGGUGAAGACCCCCAGCACUCCUCCUGUGAUUUGUCCUUACUGCCCUCCUAAUCGGGCAGUGACCUCUGAUCUGGUGGAGCAUUUCAGGACGGCUCAUGGGCUGGUCCUAACCACACAGCAGCAGUCUGAGGUCCAGCCACCCAAUGUUAGUCCCAGCAACAGCCUCAGUCCUCGCAAUGGAGCUCCACUAACCCCUCCUAAACCAGGCCUCAGGCCCCAGAGGGAUGGUAUAAAUGGCCGGACCAGGAGGGAUGCUGCCUCUCCCUCCUCUCCCCUGCUCAAUGGAAGCCCUAUAGCACAAAAUCCUAUUGGGGCUGGCUCUCCUAAAGCAGCCCCCCCUGCCCUCUCACCCACAGGCUCAAUUCCUUUGACUGUGUCACCUGUGUCUGACACCUUGAAAGAGUUGGGGUCACAAGGACAUUCCACCACUCAGUUGGUUCUCCCGGAGAAAGCUGUAAGCCACAUAGCCCCAACCACGCCCAAGGCAGUCCUUGCAACAGCAUUACAAAAUGGUAAUACUCGCUACUGUCGGCUGUGCAACAUCAAAUUCAGCAGCCUGUCCACCUUCAUUGCACACAAAAAGUACUACUGCUCCUCCCACAGUGCUGAACAUGUCAAGUGAGUCUACCCUCCCCACCAUUACCCUCAACUCUGCAAGUGCCAAGUGUCACAUGUGCAAGUGGCUUUGUACUGCACGAUCUCAACAUUGUAUGAAAGUGGGACUGUUACUAUCCAGGAGCUGAGGUUGCAAUGCCAACCCUGCUGUUUCUGCUGUUGUUACUAUGGUAACUUAUUGCUUAUUAUGGGUCACGUUUAUAUUACACUAAAUAAUGAGACAUGCUACCUGUGCACAUAAAUGUGCCCAAUUGACCUAUAACUAUCCUUAUAACGGCCCGCCACAGAGUUUAACCCAUGUAUUAUAUCUGCUGAUGGGACACUAGAUCCCACAUUUAUUCCUAUUAAUUCACUCUUUUACUUUUGCUUUAAUCACUCAUGUGCUUGAAGAUGAUGUUAAUUUUUUUCAAUUUUUUUGGUGGCAUCAUGCAUCAGGUCCCAGACCGAUUGUAGUUUUCCUGAGCCAAUUAAUAGUUAUUAAUUUGGGGAAAGUCUGUCCCCUAGUGUAAUUGUAUAACUCAAGUCUCUUAAUUUCAUGAUGUACUACAAUAUUUUUGUCCAUACACUGAAUCAUCUUUUAUAAGAAAAAAGAAAAACAGAGUAGCUCACUAGAUACUGGUUGUGUGAAGUUACCGGCUCCAGAUGGAAGAUUUGAAGAAGGGAAAAUAUGAACUUAUGUGUCCUUUAAGUCUUUACUUUCACAGAAUACUACCUACUGUCUUUUUAUGAAAAAGAUUUAUAUUUUUGUUUCUAUGUGUAUAUAUAUAUUUUUUUCAUACUGUUGAUAGAAACCAUUUCAAGGGUAGUGUAUUGUAUGUUCUUAGUUCUUAGGUAUGUGUCUAGUCAUGGUAAUUUCUGGGACACUGAGUACUCCUGUUUUCACAGUUGUCAGCAUUGCAUUUACAGUAUCUGACUGGUAAGUGUUGGAAUAGUGCAUCCUGAGUGCACUAUAUUCUUUCUCAGUAUUGGCUCAUUGCUCUGGGUCAGAGGUGAGGUGGUGGAGAACACCAGUCCAUUAUGAAUCUUCAUGAAGGUUUUGUUUAAGAGAGAUGGGAUGAGGAUGUCUGGUCAGUACUCCUUCUCCGUCUAACUCAAUCACUCCACAAAUGCUCACAUUCACAGCCCUGUCGACCUGCUGAUAAACUGUUGUCUGUACUGUACUUUGGUAUGGACACUCUCUACACUCACUGACAAAUCUUGAAUGGUGUGUGACUAUAGGUUGCUGUUGUUUCCAUUUUUAAUCAAGCAAUGAAGUUUAGCAUAUUAAAUAUAUACUUCAGAGGGUUCUAGCAAAAUAAAAAUUUACUUUAAAGAUUUACUUUAAUCUCUCUUGCAAGUUGUUGAGUCACACUGGUAUCCCAGUGCAUCCCCACAAUUCCCUCUCUGACUCACUGUUCAUCUUUAGGAGUAUGUAAUUUGAAAGUUGCAGCAUAGUGCAAUCUUUACCCCUUGAACAAGCUACUUUGCAAAGCCUAAUUUGACGACACAAUUGAGUAUGUCUGAAACAGCUAGCAAGUGGACUUCCUUUCCGUUACUAGAGCCGUUUCUGGUGUUACAAAGACCACAGGCUGCUCUAGAGAGAGAGCAGGUGUGAUUUCUCUGUGCAGUGGUUUUGAAUUGGUGCUACACCAGUUGUACGCCGCACACAACUGUUUAUUAUUCUGUUGUUUUGCCUUUGCUAACUAUAACAUACUCAUGACCAGUGCUGAAGGCCCAUUUUAACCUAUCUGGUUCCCGUUUUUAUUGCACUGUGUUGUAUAAAAAUGCUGAAUGUUUUACUUUAAGAAGCUUUUUUUGUAUUGUAUUUAAGUUUUACAGCACUUUUCCUUGUCCAAACCUACGCCUGAAGGACUGAUGAAAACAUUUGAAUUAACAAAGUUAAUUAAGGUAUUUUGUGUAUAAUUACAAAUGUUGUUGGAAAAAUGAUUAUGAAUGUCAUACCUUUUUCUUUUAUAUUUGCAGUCUCUAUGAAAUGUUCCACUACACAUUUGUCCAAACUAUGCAUGGGAAAAAAAUAAACAGUCCUGGAGGAAAUUUUAAGUGCAAAGCUCUGCCCACCUGUACUUAAUUCAGUCUGCAUAGUGAUUCUACAGUUUAUUCAGUCAGAAACAUUAGAUCCUCAUUUAAACAUAAAUUCUUCCCACCAGAAAUUACCUAAUGUGAUUAGACUGAAUUGUUUUGUCGUUUUUGCCUUCUUGGGUUUAUUUGUACUGAAAGUAUUUUCUUGAUUUAUUAUGGCAUAGUGGACUCUGGGGCAAGUGUGACCAGGAGUCUAUCACUGUUUGAGGAACUUUUCCACCUACUUUUGCAUUUUUUUUCUUUCUCUAAUUUUUCUAACCAAAGCUUGACUGGGUCUUUGUCAAAGAAAUGUGGUGAUUACAGUGGAUUCAGAGUCCUACAAAAACACAAAUACUUUCACUGUGUGGACAUUUUGCUUUACUAAAUGAGCUUGUUUUGUUCACAAUUAAGUUAUUGCGUAUUUCUAUCAGCCUUCAAGUCUUCGUUACUCAAUCAUCUCCCUCAAUGCCAGUGUUUUGUCAGUGCACCCUCUGGGCUCUGACUGCAAUUAUCAGAAUAAAAGCUAUUUUUUUUUUACUUCUUAAGGCUUCAAGGCCAUUCAGCUGUGCAAAUUAAUAACACAGUUGGAUGUCUGUACCUGUGGAUUGUUUUUCAGGAUAAGUUCACUUGAUAGAUUUCUCUAAAGGUAAGAAAAAUCUGUGGUCAAUAUGACUUAAUGGUUUUUUGUUUGUUUUUUUCUUACCAUCUCACAGUAAUUCAAGGCCACAUGCUUUCACUGCUGAAAGGUCUUGGAAUGCAGUGAUCUAUGUUGCGCUGAAGCUGUUUUUUGACUCUGUAAAAAAGUGUUUAUUUUUUGAAUAUUGAUCACUUUAAAAUAAUAAAAACGUGUAGUUGUAACUUUGUGUGCCAAAAAUGAAUAACAUGCUUGUGUUAACAUUUUGAGACCAAUCCGCUUCUCAGGAUUGUUGGUUAUGCAUGAUUCAGACGAGAGGGACAGAUAAUGUCCUGUUGAUGGAAUUAAAGUCCAAAGUGAAAAGCCUUGGUAAUGGACAAGGUGCAUACAUUAUGCAGUUCAAGCAGACAUAAUGUAGCCUAAGAUAAAUUUGAUUCAGAUUAUAUAUAAUCAGUUGAAAGCCACACAUUGCUCAAAUUCAGACCUUUUAGGCAAGUGUCAUUUAGUUUCUUGCAUUUUUGUAGAUUUUAGCACACUUUAAAUAUUAAAUAUUCAGGUGUCAAAGAAAAAGUACACAAACUGAAAUAUGCCAUCCAUAUUUCAGCCACCACAGUUUACAGGUCAGGGACGAAGCCAACAAAGCAUAAUAUUAAGUAUUUUUUAUCUGAAACAUCAAUGGGAAGAGCUUUUUUGUGGUUUGAAAUAUUUACCAUAUUUGGUAAAUCCCUGUACAUCAUCAGAACACACAGACUUGUAAAAUAAAUAAAUAAAUAGAAGAAAUUAGGUAGAUUUUUGUUGAUUUCAGGAUGGUUUACAUAAUAAAAAUUGACAAAAGAUUUCUGCUCUCUGUGGUCACACUUUAAAAUCAGACAUUAAGCUCACUGGCCACUUUAAUAGGAACACCUGUACCCAUACACAUUCAUGCAAUUAUUCAAUCAGCCAAUCAUGUGGCAGCAGCUUAAUGCCUAAAAUCAUGCAGAUACAGCAGAUCAAGAGCUUCAGUUAAUGUUCACAUCAACAUAGGGGAAAAUGUUAUUUCAGUGACAGUAACAUGUUUGUCAGUGCCAGACGGGCUGGUUUGAGUUUUUCAGAACCUGCUGCUCUCUUUUUUGCUGGAGUUUUUAAUAUUACCUUGGUCUUGUAGCCUAUUGGUCAAGUUCAAAAAGGUAUGGCCAUUUUUUGCUUAUUGAAUAUGAUUGUCUUAUUGUCUGCAUCCUCUAACUUGUAUUGAGAAACAGGCAAGUAAAUGGAAUGUUGCCAGAAAAUAUAUAAUAUAGUGGUAUUACUGUUGCUGCAACAUUUAUAUAACAUAAAAAAAAGGCUUGGUUGUAUUUCAAGGUAUGAAUGUAUUUGAGCACCAAGUUCAUAAUUUUUAACAGCUUUUUGCUGAUACUGCUUUUAAUCUUGUGUGGUACAAUAUGUGUGUUCACAUAUACAUAUAGAGUCCCCUCCAAAAAUAUUGGAAAGGCAAGGCCAAUUCUUUUGUUUUUGCUAUACACUAAAGAUAUUUGGGUUUGAGAUCAAAAGAUGAAUGAGACAUCAGAAUUUCAGCUUUCAUUUCCUGAUGUCUACAUGUAUAUAUGUUAAACAACUUGGCACAACAUGGCACAUUUUGUUUGAACCACCCAUUUUUAAAGUGAUCAGAGAUACCGGAACAUGUGACUGACAGGGUGUUUCUUGUUACCCAGGUGUGCCCUGUUAGACUGUUUAAACAGUUAAUAGCUCUGGGUGUCUACUAUUGUGUUAAGCCCUAGGUUUUGCCUGUGAAGAUUGCAUUUGUUGUUAAAAAGGAUAAACCAACAUGAAGACCAGAGAGCUGUCUAUGGGAGAAAAACAAGCCAUUUUGAAACUGAGAAAAGAGAGAAAAUCGAUCAGAGCCUUUGCACAAGCAUUGGGCAUAGCCAAUACAAUAAUAUAUUUGGAAUAUUACAAUACAAUACAAUAUUUGGAAUGUCUUGAAAUAGAAAGAAACCAAAAUGAGCUACAAAAGUUCUAGAAACCAAGAUUAAUCUCUAAUGACUAAUCCAAAGUGAAGGAAAGGCUAAAGUGUGAUGAAAGAAAGGAUCUGCUCAUGAUCCAAAACAUAUAGGUCAACCAAUAAGCUUAACUAAUAAGCUCAUUGGUUAAGCAAGGUGGAGGUAGUGUCAUGACUUGAGCUUGCAAGACUGCUUCGGGAAUAGGCUCACUAAUUUUUAUUGAUGAUGUAAGUCAUGAUGGUAGCAGCAUGAAUUCAGAAGUAUACAGCAACAUUCUGCCUGGCAAUUUACAGAGAAAUGCAUCGAGGAAUUUCAUCAUACAGCAAGACAAUGACCCAAAACACACUGCCAACACAACAAAGGACUUCAUCAGAGGAAAAAAAUAGAAGGUUUUAGACCCAAUUGAGCAUGCAUUUCACCUCCUGAAGAGGAGACUGAAAGGAGAACCACCAAAAAAAAAAAAAAAAAAAAAAAACAA